AUGGACACUGGCACUCUUCGGAAACGGUCUCCGAUCAAAAUUCGCCUGCCCCAUCCCUACCUCACAACCUACUACCUCGAGCCCUCUUCCAAGACUGCGGAUGGCAACGUGCCGUCGUAUCACUUCCGCCAAGGGGACACAUCCAAGCCAGCUCAAGUCUUUGCCCAGCCUCUGCACAACGAACAGAUACACUUUAGCAGAUUGGCGCCCUUGGAGUCAGACAAUGUGCCAGACUCAGACAACACUGCCUGGGCUCGCGCGCGACGAAGUCCGGUCUGGACCGUGACCUGGGAAGGCGCCGAGCUGCCGACGGUGGCUCAAGUAUGGCUCUUUCUGUACGCCUUCUUCACCGUCGACCACGAAACCGAGACCUUCCGUCUUCGCCUAUGCGGUCCGGGCACCCACGCUCUGGUCCGAUCACUAUGCUUGUCCAUGGUAGCCGUCGAGCACCCGCUGCCUGUCGACGGCCCGGACCAGUUUGAGCGGAGACAAGACGAGGUGCUUGUCCUCCGCAGCGCAUUCUGGCAGGGCUGUGCCUCGCCUCUGGGAUCGCAGCCCAUCUGGCUGCCCAGUCGGAGCGCCGUCGCCGUUGUGCCUCACCUUGAAUACACCCUGAUGCCGACAGGGCCGACGUUCCUGAGACACCCGCGCCGAUAUCCAAAACCCACGCCUGGAUCCGUCAUCUACAGUCGCUACAUCCCCUCUCUCGACGAGCACUUUUCUCUCCUGGCGUUGGACUACACCAACCCAGAGCACCUGAACCUGUUCCACACGUGGCAGAAUGACCCCCGGGUCGCCCAGGGCUGGAAGGAAACGGGCACGCUCGAGGAGCACCGCGAGUACCUGCGCGCGAUGCACGAAGACCCCCAUGUGAUGGCCGUUCUUGGCCGCUUUGACGACGCCCCCUUUGCCUAUUUUGAGGUCUACUGGGCCAAGGAGGACAAGAUGGGCGCGCACUACGCCGCCCUGGACUUUGACCGCGGCCGGCACUCGCUUGUCGGCGACCCUGCGUACCGGGGGCUUCACCGGGUCAUGGCAUGGUGGCCGAGCGUGAUGCACUACCUCUUCCUGGACGACCACCGCACCGAGAAUGUCGUUGGCGAGCCGCGUCUCAGCAACGACAAGGUGCUCAUGUACGAGUACAUGUUUGGGCUGCACCAAGACAAGUACCUCGAUCUGCCGCACAAGCGGUCCAGUCUGGUCAAGUGUUCGAGAGAGCGCUUCUUCCAGGUGUGUCCAUUCGGCCAGAACACACAGCAUGUUGCGGGCACCAACUUUGGGUUCAAGCCACGUUUGUAG